CUAUCAACAAAAAUAGAGCUAUCGUUUCCUCGGGCAUAUUCUUUCGUUAAAAAAAAAGUAUGUGUGCUGAUUUAGAUUAGUGUCAGCCUUCAGCCUUGUUAACUAACAGACAUGGUUUGAAAAUGAAAUCAACAAUUUUCACAACUAUAUCUAUCGUUUUUCAGGAACAUCGAUUUUCUAUCUUUGUUCGGUACCAACAAGUUAGCUAGCUUCUAGCCAGUACGCUAGUUAGCUAUCACCUUGCAACAAGAACAAUAUUUUCAGCAAGAUUAGGCUAGCUAAGUAGCAAGUUAACAAGGCAAACCGAGACAACUUGGCGUAGGUAGAGACCGAUAACUAUAUUGAUCUUCGGUCAGGAGUCAAGCCUGCAAUUUCUUAAACAUGGACGAGGCGUCCCCGGCAUCUCUGACAGACCUGUGUCUGUCCUACGUGAGUGGGAACCUGGAGCGGUUCUGUGUGAAGCACGCCGACGGAUCUCUCUGUCUCAGAGACUCUUUGCUGUUCCCCCAGGAGCUAGCUGACCAGCUGUUGGCUAAGAUGGCCACUGAAGGUCUGUUGAAUGACAGUACAGUGGGAGUGUUUCGUAGCUGUGAGUACCUGCGGUUGCGUCGUGCAUGUAUCCGGACAGCUCGUAUCUCUGCCGAGGCGUUCCAGAGAGCUCUCUGUCCUCACCGCCUGCUGGAGCUGGACGCUGCCAGGGUCAAUGCUGACCUUACCAUCUCUGACAUACUACAGGGACUGGCCUCCAACAAACACUGCCAGGAGAGCUUACAGCGGUUGGUCCUGACAGGUCUAACCAUGUCCUCUCUGGAGGAACCAUCCCGUCACCGUUUCAGCUCUCUCCAUGGGCUCCGCUCCCUCUCCCUGGCCAACGUGGACUUCUACGACUCUGGGCUGGCUGACGUGUGUUCCCUACCCCGCCUGGAGAGCCUAGACCUGUCCAACACCUCAGUGACCAACCUCAACCCUCUACUGGGCCUCAGGGAGAGGCUGAGGUCACUAACACUACACCAGCUGAAGAGGCUGGAGAUGAGCACCGCACAGCUACUGGCCGUCAUUGGACAACUGGAGGCACUGCAGCACCUGGACAUCAGUGAUGAUAAACAGUUCACAUCAGACGUGGCUCGUCAGUUGCUGGGCGAGCCUGGGAUCCUGCCUGCUCUGGUCUCGCUGGACGUGUCUGGACGUAAACAGGUGACCGAUGCAGCGGUCAAGACGUUUGUAGAGGAGCGUCCAGGGAUGACCUUUGUUGGUCUGCUGGCUACAGACGCUGGCUUCUCAGACUUCCUCAAUGGAGAGGGCAUCCUCAAGGUGACAGGAGAGGCCAAUGAGACUCAGAUCUGUGAGGCGCUGCGUCGCUACAGUGAGAGAGACGGCUUUGUCAGAGAGGCUCUGUUUCAUCUGUUCAGUCUCACUCACAUCAUGGAGAAACCACGGCCUGACAUACUCAAGUUGGUAGUACUGGGAAUGAAGAACCACCCUGCCACCCUGAACGUCCAGUUGGCAGCCAGUGCGUGUGUGUUUAACCUGACCAAGCAGGACCUGGCAGCGGGCAUGCCUGUUAGACUGCUGGGCACAGUCACUCAACUACUGCUGGAGGCCAUGAGGACCUUCCCUAACCACCAACAGUUGCAAAAGAAUUGCCUUCUCUCUCUGUGCAGUGACCGCAUACUGCAGGAGGUCCCCUUCAACAGGUUUGAGGCCGCUAAGCUGGUGAUGCAGUGGCUGUGUAACCAUGAGGACCAGAACAUGCAGAGGAUGGCUGUGGCUAUCAUUUCUAUACUGGCAGCCAAGUUAUCUACAGAGCAGACAGCCCAGCUGGGAGCAGAGCUGUUCAUAGUGAAGCAACUCCUCCACAUCGUGCGUCAGAAGGCGACUCAGGGCGUGGUAGAUGCCACCCUCAAGUUCACUCUGAGCGCGCUCUGGAACCUCACCGACGAAUCACCAACCACCUGCCGCCAUUUUAUAGAGAACCAGGGACUGGAGCUGUUCAUCAAAGUACUGGAGUCGUUCCCCUCUGAGUCUUCCAUCCAGCAGAAGGUGUUGGGGCUGCUGAACAACAUAGCAGAGGUUGGGGAGCUGCAUGAGGAGCUGAUGGUUCAGGGUUUCCUGGAUCACAUCUGCUCCCUGCUCCACAGCUCUGAGGUGGAGGUGUCCUACUUCGCUGCUGGGAUACUGGCCCACCUCACCUCCAGAGGAGAGGCUGCAUGGACACUCAGUAUCACACUGAGGUCUGACCUGCUAGAACAACUGCACUCUGCCAUCCUGAAGUGGCAGACCCCAGAGUGUGAGAUGGUGGCCUACAGGUCCUUUAACCCUUUCUUCCCCCUGUUGGAGUGUUUCCACACCCCAGGAGUUCAGCUGUGGGCAGCCUGGGCCAUGCAGCAUGUCUGCAGCAAGAACGCCCCUCGAUACUGCAGUAUGCUGCUGGAGGAGGGAGGUCUGCAGCAGCUGGAAAAGGUCCAGACACACCCCGACACACACGCAGAUGUCAUGCGAUUGGCUGAUGGCAUCCUGGAGAGCCUGCAGCGCCACCAAGCUCGCACCGGCCAGACCACACAAACAGCCCCGCUGCCCACCGCAACCACACACACACACAAAGAAAGUGAUACGCCCUGAUCAGAACCCAUUCCACCUGUACUGUCAAGAUGAGUCCAGAAAGAGGUGUGUGUUGACACAUGUUCAUUAAGCCUGUCGUAUGCUUCCCAUUCGAAACCGUUUGCGCCAAUACUAUGACGAAAUGUUGAUGUUUUUGUUUAUAUUGGAGUUCGGCAGGGGUUUUUCCAGCUAUUCACGCACCAAAUGUUUUCUUGAGGCAAGUCAAAGUUUGGUAGCCAAAGUCAACAGUACUACUCCUAGUAUUAGUGGGAACUAUGGACAAGAUUCUUCAUUGAAGUGUUUGUCAUUCAGUGAGGGUCUACUAGUUUUCAUGCAAAUUGUUUUCACUUGAGAAAUACUGCACCAAACAAAAUGUAUCAAAAUGAAUGACAGAUUCCUUUGUUCAUCGUAGAUUAAUUCAGACUAUUUUGAGGAAGUGUAUAGUGGCUAUGUUGCUACGGCGUUUCAAGAGGGACAAACGGUAAUAUUGCUGUUUUCUUCUCUUUUUCAAGCAAAGGUCUUUUUAAGGGAGUAUGCAAGGCACAGACGUUCGCUUUGCCUAGCAGAGUUCUGCUAGGCGCAAACCAAAUCUAGUAUGUGGGCGCCUUUUUAAACGGGGUGAGGAAAAACACCCUGUCACCUUCCACCUUGUCUGAAGGUGGCGCUAUAAAGUGAAUGAGAGAACAGAAACUACGCAUUUCUUUUCACACAUACCUUGCUAUGUUAUUUAUUUUCUUGUUUGGUUCGAAAGCAAAAGUAUUAUUAAGUGUACUACUGUUGUGAUUAUAAUGAAAUUAUGAUUGAGUUAACUAAAGAAAAAGAAACCCUAAGAAAAGCAUGAGUUGUUGGUUAACAGCGUCAAUAGCAUGAAUAGAAAACCAGUUGAACUAUAUGGUUCAACAGUUUUUUUUCUUCCUGUUGGACUCUGGAAGGGCCGACUCCUUAUUUAAGAAUCCUGCAUGUAUCUUGGAACAGUCACAGAAGUCGACAUCAAUUAACCCCAUCGACAGGGAUUCAUGGUUGGAGUUCUGCAGGUGCACCAAGUUUGGAUUCGGCCCCUAAAGGGCACUACAUACCCUACGCAAACAGAGCGUCGUAUACGGUCCAUUCCAAAAUGUGAUCCGCACAAAGUACAUAGAACUACCUAGAAAACGACACUGUUGCUGCGUUUGCGUAAAGUGUGUAGCGGCCUUAAAGCUCAGUUGUGGGGUUGAGAGAGAGUCUAGCCCCUCUGGCUGAUUAGCUAAUAUAUGCGCAUGACGGUGUGAUUUCCCAGCAUGCUCAAGUUUGUCUGAAUUAUCUUUUCAUUCUCCCAGUUUGUAGCAGGACUAUUCAUAUCCAGACAUGGAGGUCCACAGUACUGUCCAUAGUUAUUUUCUCUCUGGUAGUUAAUUGAUGAAUACAUUUUUGCCACAGUGUAUACUCACCUGGGGUCCCAGGUCUGAAUCAGUCCCUGAUUGGAGGGUUAGGAUGAAAACCAGUAGUACUGUGGACCUCCAGGACAGGAUUUGAGUUAAUAGGAAUGUUGUUUCCCUUGUGGACACAAGUGGCAAUAAAUAUAGGUCAAUAUUAACAUAGAAUAAAUAUACGACUUUGCACAGUAUGAAGAAAAAAUCAUUUUUCUUGAGAGUUCUGUAUGUUGGUAGUGCUUCCAUGUGUGCAUGCUUGCGUAUGUGGAUCAGUGUAUAGGUGAGUGUGUGUUUUGAUGCUAGGUGGUGUGUUUGUACUAGCCUGGCUGACGUGGCCCAUGUGACUCACAGCGCAGGGAGAGCUGAGACUUCACUGGUCUGGAAAGGAGGCAGUUUGUUAAUGCAAUAUUCGCUCAGAAAUUGUGCGACAGGUUUUUUUUCAUCUGGGGUUGAGACCUCUCGUUGUUUGGAUUUGAAAAUCCAACUGUUGUAAUUGAAGGGGGUGGCGCUCGGGGGUUGUGCUUGUGGGUGUUUGAGUGAGAAAGGCAGAGGAGAACCAACCAGUAAAAGCACAGCCCCCUUCAUUAUCGACGCAUUGUGCCGACAACCUCAAAGGGCCAUUCCAGACUCUGAAGUCAGGAGGACUUAGAGUUAGGUGCUAGCCACUGUAGCCAGACAAGUGUUUGUACUUGAGUAUGUACAACCAGGAGCAUGUAUGGGGCUAAAUGUGAGGAAUAUAUUUUGUACAUGCUGUAUAUAUCUGAAAGUGGAUGGGAGAUGAGAAACUACAGUCUUUAUAACGAUUGGUUUAAAGUGUUGGAAACCUAUGUUUUUGUUGUUUAUUUCAAAAUGAGGUACUUAAUAAAACAAAGGAGGCAAAACUGAGUUGGGAAUUCUGCUAUUAAGGGGAGAGGCAGCAAGAGUAGCGCAAUCCCAAAUAGACCCCUAUCGGGGGGGUGUCGAACUCAUUUUGCCCCGGGGGCCGCAUUCGGUCUUCGAGGUCCGGAGGGCCCCACUGAAAAUGUGUUAUAUUUCCUUGCUGUCAAAAUUACAAAAUAAUAGUCAAUCCAUAGUUUUGGGAAUUUUCUAUGCUCCCUGACUGAUUAUUAGUGAACUGGACAGUCAAGAAACUGUAUUAAUAUAGUAAGUCCAUUAUCAUUUCUACACCGUUUCGAUUUGGUUUGCAUGUAUGACACACCUGCUCUGCCCUAUAGGCACUUAGAUCUGAAAGAAUUGAAUAGGUAUAAGCAAAAUGGCAGUUGCCCCACUUUGCCCUCUGAAUUAUCGCCAUAUUACUUAACCCAAGAAGUGCAUAGGCGCUAGCAGUCAAUUUGAAAUUGUUUCUCGCCUGCGUUGUCCCAUCAGGGCCUCGUUUAAUAGGCUCAACGUUGUGGAACAUUCCAAAUCAGAUAGAAAUACAUUGUGUAGAACAGACAUGCCUCUGACAUGGAGUAAAGGCAUCGUGUCAGCUCUAUUCAUGGCAUUUCUAUCUGCAACGUUCUGUACGUUGCACCCUCUUGAGCGUGACCCUGGUUGUGAUAAUAAUGCUAUAGGCUACUGAUCCUGUCUUCAUUCUCUAUGCAACGGCGGCUGAAGCUACAUUUCAUGGCUGCUGGCAAAUCUCCACAUGCUUGAUUUCAAAUCAGCCUACACGUUGUAUGUGCUUGCUACUGCUGCAUGGGUCAAAGUAUCUCUUCUCUAUGGCAUCAAGGGAAAUGCACAGAACAAACUGAACUGUAAACUAAAGUCAAUAUUUUCUACAUUACACUGACAGAAUAUGAAAUGUGAGUUUUUGUCCUCACUGUGAUUGAAGCUGUGGGAAAGUUUAGUCUUGUUUGUACAUUCCCCUAAUGUGACAGUUGGUUUCCUCUUUCAGUAUGGGUAUUUCAUGAAACUGGGAGUGGGGUGACUCCAAAGGGAAGGUCAUUUGCAUAUGUUCGGCUAAGAUGCCAUUUUGCUGCUGAGGGUCAUAUUUUCAUGUUUCUGAAAUAAAGAAUGUACACCCCCA